AUGUCCUCUACCUUACAAGACUUCCUCUGCAAAUCUUCUUUACAGAUGGGUCGUUUCACAGGCCUCAGAUGUGCUAUCCUAGUCGGCGGAGAUGCUAUUGAGGAUCAAUUCUCUUGCAUUCAUGAGAAUCCUGACAUAUUGAUCGCAACUCCUGGUCGACUUCUUCAUGUCAUAGUCGAGAUGGAUCUGCGGCUGAGCUCUGUACAGUACGUAGUGUUUGAUGAGGAAACACUGAAACGUAUACCCGAAAGCAGACAAACCUUGCUCUUCUCGGCCACUUUACCGAAAAUGCUUGUGGAUUUUGCGAAAGCUGGACUAUCGGAUCCUAUGCUGGUUCGCCUCGAUGUCGACGAGAAGAUUUCGGAUCGGCUUUCAAUGGUGUUUGCAACCUGUAGAGCUGAUGACAAACUAGAAGUAUUGUUACACAUAUGCCGACAAAUGGAUGCGUUGAAAGCAAGCAAAACUUGUUGA